AGUCGUAUAUCCAUUAAUUCUAACCUCCACAACCUCAAACAUGGCUGAACAACCUCUCAACGGUGCCUUCUACGGUCCAUCAGUCCCACCACCGGCUCCUAAAGGCUACUUCCGCCGACCCGGGCACAGCCGCGGUUGUGGCUGCUGCCUCCUCAGCUUCGUUGUCAAAGUCAUCAUAGCCAUUAUUGUCAUCCUUGGCAUAGCCGCUCUUAUCUUCUGGCUCAUCGUCCGUCCUCGCGCCAUCAAGUUUCACGUGACCGAAGCGUCUCUUACGCGCUUUGAACACACUUCCCCGGACAACAUUUUAAGGUAUAACCUAGCCCUCACAGUUCCUGUCCGCAACCCUAACAAGAGGAUCGGAGUCUACUACGACAGGAUCGACGCUCAUGCGUACUACGAUGGAAAGCGGUUUAGUUCCACCACGUUAGCUCCUUUCUAUCAAGGACACAAGAACACGACCGUUCUCAGACCAAUGUUCCAAGGCCAAAACCUUGUUAUGUUCAACGCCGGAGAGUUACGGACUUACAACGAGGAGAGUAUCGCCGGAGUUUACAAUAUUGAGAUCAAAUUUAGGCUUAGGGUUAGGUUUAAGCUUGGGGACUUGAAGUCUCGGAGGGUUAAGCCUAAGGUUAACUGCGAGGAUAUAAGGCUUCCUUUAAGUACGUUCAACGGAACUACAACCUCCGCUACCGUUCUCCCUCUCAAGUGCGACUUCGAUUUUUAAGUCUUUGGUUUCAUCAUGUUCCAUUCCACCAUACGUAUUGGUUCGUUUAUUAUUAUUUUUUUUAUGCAACAUUACGACUUAUUUUCUACAGAGCCUUUUUGUAUACAUAUGUACUCAUCUUCCGUGUUCAUUAUUAUAUAUAAAUAAAACAUUAUUUUAUGUA